CUGACCACUAACUUACCUAAGCAAGUUAGAAGCAAAGAAGCAACUGCUCCUUUCCCAAAUUAAAUAUUAGCCACCACAUCCAUUACCACCUCCAUCUUACCGUCCUCCUCACCACUUCCUCCUCCUUCUUCUUCUUCCUUUUCGUUCUUCUCUCCAUUGACACACCCUCUUGGUCCUCUCUUCCUAAUUGUCCGCUUGGCUUGAAGCCAUUUCCCUCGCCAUGUCUGGCCUUCGCUUUCUAGAUCUCGUGAAGCCUUUCACGCCUUUUCUGCCAGAGAUCCAGUCUCCAGAGACCAAGGUUCCAUUUCAGCAGAAGCUAACAUGGACCGGUCUUACCCUCCUUAUUUUCCUCGUCAUGAGCCAGCUGCCCCUCUACGGCAUCGUCUCCAGCGAUUCAUCUGAUCCCCUGGCCUGGCUGCGUACAAUCAUGGCGUCCAACCGCGGAACACUUAUGGAGCUGGGUAUUACACCAAUUAUCACCUCGGGCACCGUUUUUCAAUUGCUCGCCGGCACGCACAUUCUUGACAUCGACAUGAACCUCAAGAGUGAUAGGGAGUUGUACCAAACUGCGCAGAAAUUGCUUGCUCUCUUGAUGAGCUUCGGACAAGCGUGCGUGUACGUCGCGUCUGGUCUGUAUGGCCCACCAUCCGAGCUGGGCUUGGGUAUUUGUAUUCUCUUGACGAUCCAGCUCGUCAUUGCUGGUUUGAUCGUCAUUCUCCUGGACGAACUCCUCCAAAAGGGCUAUGGUCUCGGCAGCGGUAUCUCACUCUUCAUCGCCACAAACGUGUGCGAGCAGAUUCUGUGGAAGUCUUUCUCACCGAUGACGGUUAACACUGGUCGCGGCCCUGAAUUUGAGGGUGCCAUUCUCGCCCUUGUCCACCUCCUUAUCACUUGGCCCAACAAACCACUUGCCCUCCGCGAGGCCUUCUUCCGUUCUAACCUGCCCAACAUUUCUAACCUCCUCUCUACACUGGUGAUCUUCGCCGCUGUCAUCUACUUGCAGUCCUUCCGCGUUGAGCUUCCCGUCAAGUCGGACCGCCAGCGCGGCAUGAGAGGCUCCUAUCCCAUUCGUCUCUUCUACACCAGCAACAUGCCCAUCAUGCUGCAAUCGGCCCUGGCUAGCAACCUGUUUUUGAUCUCGCAGAUGCUCUACUCUCGCUUCUCCGAGAACUUGCUUGUUCGUCUGAUCGGUGUCUGGGAGACGCGUGAAGGCUAUGGCAGCCAGCUGCAUGCCACCCAGGGUCUCGCGUACUUCAUUUCGCCACCCCUAUCCUUCCGCGAAGCACUUGCUGAUCCAAUCCACACCAUUGUGUACCUCAUCUUCAUGACCACCGCCUGUGCUCUUUUCUCCAAGACAUGGAUCGAGGUCUCUGGCUCUGCACCACGUGAUGUCGCUAAACAACUGAAGGAGCAAGGCCUCGUCAUGGCCGGUCACAGAGACCAGUCCAUGUAUCGCGAACUCAAGCGUGUCAUCCCCACGGCUGCGGCAUUUGGUGGUGCCGUCAUUGGUCUUUUGUCUGUCGUUUCGGACUUGAUGGGUGCUCUGGGCAGUGGCACGAGCAUUCUUCUAGCUGUGACGAUCAUCUAUGGUUACUUCGAAAUCGCGGCAAAGGAGGGUGAUAUGCCUGGCCUGAAGGGCAUGGUUGUGAACUAAGUUUCCAACCAAGUGGAUGUAGAGGAAUGGGGAUCAAAGAAAGGGUGUAAACGUAGAGUCGAACAUGGAGGGCCGUCCGGAGACGAAAGUACCUGAGACGGAAGUUGUAUACUUCUAGCAACUAGCAAACGAAAAUGUCAUCUAGGAAAUUCUUGAUGAAAUUGGAUGACGCUUGGUUGCUCGUCCUAAUUUUUCUUCCCCUAAGCAGUACCCGACAAAGAAGAUAAGAAAAAUGAAAGGCAA